AUGUCAGGCGUUCGACAAAUUACACCAGCUUUGUGGAAUUCGGUAACCAAAUGGCAGAAAUUCAACAAUUUACGACAAUUUUCCAAUUCAGUUAUCGAGAGACGUAAUGAACUUUUCACUGAAGAACAAAAAAGGCAACGGGAACGUGUAGGUCGUAUUGAAAAGAUCGAAGUGCGCUACUUGGGCCUGCCACAGGAUGUCACUCUGAUCAUGAAUCGUGAUCUAUCGACUCCCUAUAAUUGUGCUCAACAUUUAAGCGAAGGACACUGCAAACGUUCCGCCCUGGCCUUGAUAGAUGGUAAUGUAGCUUGGGAUAUGCAUAGGCCUUUGCCGGAUAAUUGCACCCUGCAGCUGUUGAAUUUUACCGUGGCUGAUCCACAUGUUGUCAACAAAGCAUUUUGGCGUUCAUGUAGUUUUAUGCUGGGAGCUGCUUUACAAAAUGCAUUCAAAGAGGAAGCAAACUUACAAUUGCACAGCUUUCCAGGACCUAAUAUAAAAUCCGGCAGUUUUGUGCAUGACAUUGUUCUUGGCUCUAGAACAUGGGAGCCCAGCAAACCUGAACUGCGUGCAUUGUCAGCGGAAAUGAUUAAAUUAGCAGCAAAGGAUAUCAAAUUUGAACGACUGGAAAUCAAUAAUGAGCUGGCUCUUGAAAUGUUCAAGGAUUCCCAUUACAAACGUGAACAAUUACCAAGUAUUUCAAGUCAAAAUCAAGGACGUGUUGUGGUCUAUAGAUUGGGAACACAUAUUGAUAUUUCACGAGGACCUAUGAUUGCUUCUUCGCGCUUCUUGGGAAAAUGUACUAUUGCAGCUGCACACAAACUAGCCGAUGAAGGCGAUAAAGAUGCCAUCUACAGAGUACAAGGAGUUGCACUUCCCUCAGGUUUUGUUCUAAAUCAUGUAGCGUAUGGAACAUUGGAGGAGAGAGCAAAAAAAUUGAACCCAGCUCGCCAACCCAACGAACCAUUUGAAGAACUAUCCCAUGUAUCCCAAAUGGCGUAAAUUGUUUUUAUUAUAUCUAAGUUAGUAUUUUUGUUUUGUUGUAAAAAAUACUUUAGCCU